AUGGCGCCCACAUCUGUGGUCUUCAUCCACGUUAAUCAGCAUUUCGUCCAGCUGUUGAGGCGGGUUCCUUUGGUGGCUUACGUGUCCUCGUCUCGCUCCUUGAAGAGCGACCUCGGUCAUGGCACUGAGACGCUAACGAGCACCGUUCUAAGCGAGGAGCGGAGAGCAGAGGGGGAUGCGCCCCGGAGAGCCGACAGUCCUGGCUCCCCGGUUGGGUUCGAUGACCUUCAGGUGUGCGCUGACCCCGGCGUCCCCGAGAAUGGCUUCAGGACGCCCAGCGGAGGGGUUUUCUUCGAAGGCUCCGUCUCCCGCUAUCACUGCCAGGACGGGUUCAAGCUGAAGGGCUCCCCGAAGAGACUGUGCGUGAAGCAUCUCAAUGGGACCCUCGGCUGGAUCCCGAGCGACAGAUCCGUCUGUGUGCAAGAAGAUUGCCGUAUCCCUUUCAUCGAAGAUGCCGAGAUCCAUAACAAGACCUACAGACACGGGGACAAGCUGAACAUCACUUGCCACGAGGGCUUCAAGAUCCGGUACCCCGACCUGUACAACUUGGCUUCCUUAUGUCGCGAUGACGGGACGUGGGACAAUCUGCCCAUCUGUCAAGGCUGCCUGAGGCCGCCGGCCUCUUCCAACGGCUACGUGAACAUCUCCGAGUUCCAGACCUCCUUCCCGGUGGGAACGGUCAUCGCCUACCGCUGCUUCCCCGGCUUCAAGCUCGAGGGGUCGGAGUAUCUCGAGUGCUUGCACAACCUUAUCUGGUCGUCCAGCCCACCCCGGUGCCUUGCUCUGGAAGUCUGCCCGCUGCCCCCCAUGGUGAGCCACGGCGACUUCGUCUGCCACCCGCGGCCUUGCGAUCGCUACAGCCACGGGACCGUGGUGGAGUUCUACUGCGACCCCGGCUACAGCCUCACCAGUGACUACAAGUACAUCACCUGCCAGUACGGGGAGUGGUUCCCCGCCUACCAGGUCUACUGCAUCAAGUCAGAGCAAACGUGGCCCAACACCCACGAGACCCUCCUGACCACGUGGAAGAUCGUGGCGUUCACGGCGACCAGCGUGCUGCUGGUGCUGCUGCUCGUCAUCCUGGCCAGGAUGUUCCAGACCAAGUUCAAGGCCCACUUCCCCCCCAGGGGGCCCCCCCGGAGUUCCAGCAGCGACCCGGACUUCGUGGUGGUGGACGGCGUGCCCGUGAUGCUCCCGUCCUACGACGAGGCCGUGAGCGGCGGCUUGAGUGCCUUAGGCCCCGGGCCCCGGGGCGUCAGACCCCUGUGA